UGCACGGCUCCCGCCCUCGGAGCAUGCGCGAGAGCGGCCCCGGAGCCCCCCGCCGCCCCGCCGCCCCGCCCGCGGCGCCCCGCCGCCAGCGCAACCCCGGACGCUAUGGCCCACCCCUCCAGCUGGCCCCUCGAGUAGGAUGGUAGCACACAACCAGGUGGCAGCUGACAAUGCAAUCUCCACGGCACCAGAGCCCCGACGGCGGCCAGAGCCUUCCUCCUCUUCUUCUUCCUCCUCUCCCGCGGCUCCGGUGCGCCCGCGGCCCUGCCUGGCGGCACCGACACCGACCCCCGGCGAUACACACUUCCGCACGUUCCGCUCCCAGGCCGAUUACCGGCGCAUCACGCGCACCAGCGCGCUUCUCGACGCCUGCGGCUUCUACUGGGGGCCCCUGAGUGUGCACGGGGCACACGAGCGGCUGCGCGCGGAGCCCGUGGGCACCUUCCUGGUGCGCGACAGCCGCCAGCGGAACUGCUUCUUCACUCUCAGCGUGAAGAUGGCCUCAGGCCCCACGAGCAUCCGCGUGCACUUCCAGGCUGGCCGCUUCCACCUGGACGGCAGCCGCGAGAGCUUCGACUGCCUCUUCGAGCUGCUGGAGCACUACGUGGCGGCGCCGCGUCGCAUGCUGGGGACCCCGCUGCGCCAGCGCCGCGUGCGGCCGCUGCAGGAGCUGUGCCGCCAGCGCAUCGUGGCCACCGUGGGCCGUGAGAACCUGACACGCAUCCCUCUCAACCCUGUCCUCCGGGACUACCUGAGCUCCUUCCCCUUCCAGAUCUGACCACCCGCGCCCACCGUGCACGCAGCAUUAACUGGGGCGCCCUUUUGUUUUCUAUAACUAAUUAUUAUUAUUUGACUGGAACCACAUGGAUGCCCUCCCCGCCUGGGUUGGAGGGAGCGGGUGUGGGAGCGCGACUCCUCCCGCUCUCAGCUGGAGAGGAGGCCUCAGACCUCUCCUCACCUCUUGGGGGGAUGCUUCCCUCCUGGUGUUCCCUCUGGGUCCCCCUGGACGUUGUAGCAGCUUAACUGUAUCUGGGCCGGGACCUGAACCCACACCUCCUACCUCCUCAUGUUUACAUACACCCAGUAUCUUUGCACAAACCAGGGGUUGGGGGAGGGUCUCUGGCUUUAUUUUUCUGCUGUGCAGAAUCCUAUUUUAUAUUUUUUACAGCCAGUUUAGGUAAUAAACUUUAUUAUGAAAGUUUUUU